CCGCCGCCUCGCGGCACAGCGUCUCCGCCUCCGCCGGCGGAGACCCCAAACUGGAGCUGCUCCGCCACCCAGUCCCUACUGAGCUCGGAGCCGCGAUGUUACCCAAAGACACCAAGUGGAACAUCUCGUUCGCGGGCUGCGGCUUCCUCGGCAUCUACCACAUCGGCGUGGCCUCCUGCCUCCGUGAGCACGCGCCCUUCCUGGUGGCCAACGCCAAACACAUCUACGGCGCCUCGGCAGGGGCCCUCACAGCCACGGCACUGGCCACCGGGGCCUGCUUGGGUGAGGCAGGUGCCAACAUUAUUGAUGUAUCCAAGGAGGCCCGGAAACGGUUCCUGGGUCCACUGCAUCCCUCCUUCAACCUAGUGAAGAUCAUCCGUAGCUGCCUGUUGAAGACCUUGCCCGAUGAUUGCCAUAAGUGUGUCAAUGGGCGCCUGGGCAUCUCCCUGACCCGUGUUUCAGAUGGCGAGAAUGUCAUUAUAUCUCAGUUUAACUCCAAAGACGAGCUCAUCCAGGCCAAUGUCUGCAGCACUUUCAUUCCUGUGUACUGUGGCCUCAUCCCUCCCUCCUUUCAAGGGGUGCGCUAUGUGGACGGCGGUAUUUCAGACAACCUGCCCCUCUAUGAACUGAAAAACACCAUCACAGUGUCCCCAUUCUCGGGGGAAAGUGACAUCUGCCCACAGGACAGUUCCACCAACAUCCAUGAGCUCCGGGUCACCAACACCAGCAUCCAGUUCAAUCUGCGCAAUCUCUAUCGUCUCUCCAAAGCCCUCUUCCCACCAGAGCCCAUGGUGCUUAGAGAGAUGUGUAAACAGGGCUACAGGGAUGGCCUACGCUUCCUUCGGAGGAAUGGCCUCCUAAACCACCCUAACCCCUUGCUGGCGUUGCCCCCUACUGUCCCCCAGCACACUCAGGAAGAAGUGGUGGAGGCCGAGAGGACCCGAGUGGAGGACCAUUUGCAGCCACAUAGGGAAGAUCAUAUUCUGGAGCACUUUCCUGCCCGGCUCAAUGAGGCCCUGCUGGAGGCCUGCGUAGAGCCUAAGGACCUGAUGACCACGCUUUCCAACAUGCUGCCAGUGCGCCUGGCCACAGCCAUGAUGGUGCCUUAUACACUGCCUCUGGAGAGCGCUGUGUCCUUCACCAUCCGCCUGCUGGAGUGGCUGCCUGAUGUUCCUGAAGACAUCCGGUGGAUGAAGGAACAGACGGGCAGCAUCUGCCAGUACCUGGUGAUGCGGGCCAAGAGAAAGCUGGGCGACCACCUGCCCUCCAGGCUGUCCGAGCAGGUGGAGCUGCGUCGAGCUCAGUCGCUGCCCUCCGUGCCACUCUCCUACGCCACCUACAGUGAAGCACUGCCCAACUGGCUCCGCAAUAACCUCUCGCUGGGGGAUGCAAUGGCUAAGUGGGAAGAAUGCCAGCGCCAGCUGCUGCUGGGUCUCUUCUGCACCAAUAUUGCCUUCCCUCCGGAUGCCCUGCGCAUGCGUGUAUCUGCCAGCUCCACUUCCAUGGAGCCUGCAGUCCCACAGCACCCACCAGGUCUGCCACCUUGCUGAGAACCACCACUGCCACCUUCCCCAGCCAAGCUUCAAGCUGCCCUGCCCCACAAGUAGGGACUCUGGGGCUGACUAAAAUCCCAUUCCCUGCUUCCUCCUUACCCACUGUGAAGUGAGGACAUGGAGCUCUGCACAGCUGCAAAGACGGGUUUUGCUGUGAAUCCCCCUCACCAGCCACUCAUCUGCUGCUCUGGGUAGGGAGGGGUGAGGAGCAAUCUUCCCCUUCCCUCCUGUCUCCUGUGCCUUACUUUAGUCUCCCCUGCCAGCCACCUUCUCAGUAUGGGGUCACUCUUAAGAACUCCACGUCUGUUCCUCUCCAUUUUUCAAGUUUUCUUGCAGACUUUGUGAAGAAUUAUUUAUUUUUUGCCAAAGUAUAUACAAUAAAAGCAACAGCUCA